CUCGUGUCAAAGUGUUGCUGCCUCUUGUCACAGAGAGAACGGUUCACUUAAAUGCAGCUGCAGUACUUCUGUGUGAUACCUGUCAGAGCCAGUCCCAGUGCGAGGUUGGGUUUGUGACCAUGAUGUCAAGAUUUGUCUGUCUUCUUUUCUGUGGAUAUAUUGCACUAAACCUGGGAAAUACUCAGAAAUUGCCAAGAGUGAAAAGGCAGAGCCUGAAGGUUCAGAUCAAUGCCACAGAUGACACUGUUUGCAUGAGGUAUCUUCGACCAAGUCAAAGCACCAAGCUAGAAGGUUUUGUCCUGGGUUAUGGAAGCAACUUCUUUUCUAAUCAGUACAUUCCUUUACCUUCAGAAGGAAAAAACUCUGUAACAGAACUUGAUGCAGAGCCACGGUAUUUGGUUUCAGUAAGACCAGCACGUGUUUCAAAUAACAAGAAAUCUUGUUCAGGUCGGAACAAGACACAGAAGCCUCUGCAGCUGGUGGUUGGCACUCUCACCCCAACCUCUGUGUUCCUGUCUUGGGGCAUCCUGGUCAACCCUCAACAUGACUGGACAGCAACAAGUAACUGUGCUAGUGACAGGUUCUAUACAGUUCGCUACAGAGAAAAAGGUAAAGACAAGAAAUGGGUGUUUCAGCUCUGCCCAGCUACAGAGACAGUGAUUGACAAUCUGAAGCCCAACACACCUUAUGAAUUUGGAGUUAAAGACAAUGCUGAGGAUAGUGUUUGGAGCAAGACUUUGAAUCAUAAGACAGUUCUCUCUAGUAAAAAAGUAAAUGGACAACUCCAGAAUAUGUAUAAGUUGGUACCCAAUUCCCAAACACAGAUUAUACUUAGUGAUAAUAAGAAAUUGGUCCCCGUCACAAUAAUCAAACAAAUUAUUCAAAAUCGGACGCAGUCAAAAGCACCAGAUAGUUCUUCUCUCCCGGGAGCAAUAUUAGUGCACCUUAUUGUUCCAGGUCUCAAUGAAAGUCAGCAGAAACUUCCUCCUCUCCUGACAAUAGAUGACAUACCUCAAGCAUCCAGGAAAAAACUGGCUAAGAAUGAAACUGGAGUAUGGCCUGCUGAAUCCAAAACACCAGAAGUUCAAGAAAUCUCCCCACAGUCCCUUCCAGCUCAGGCUGAGAAAACACAUGGACCUGAAGAUUUUAGAUCGACGCCUAAACCCAAAUUGGUGCAAACUCAAAACUUACCGGCUUCUAACGAAAUACAGCUACUUCCUUCUGGAUCCAGAAUCCCUGAUGCUCCAAAAAGUCCAUUGACAGAAUUUGCAACUCAGAGUCCAGCCUUGAAAUCCGUAUCUCUACCUUCUGCAGAAAAAAGAGAAAUGGAGAUGGCUUUUGAGGAAAAACAGACUGUUUCUUUGGGAUCCAAACCAUCCAGUACCAUGGAAGUGCAACCAACCCGACCCGCUUCACAUGACUUUCUUCAUGUUAUUUCUACUCCCCAGACUUUUACAUCUUCAGAAAUACCAGCCACUGAUUUAGGUGAAAGGAAGCCUCUUUCUUCAAGAGUCACAACAUCUGGCAUACCAGAAAUGCCACCAAUCUCAGCUGCAACCCAGAGACCACACCUGGAAUGGACCUCGUCUGCUCCACGGGAAACCACAAGGAAGGCUGCUCGAAGACCGAGGCCGAAGUCCACCACUCCUUCCUCCCUGGCAACUCAACAAACUGUGAUGGCCUCACAUGACUUUCUUCAUGUUACUCCCUCUCCCCAAACUUCUUCAUCUGGAAAAGUGUCAGAGCAAGAGACUGCUACCCAGGGAUCAGGCCUGAAGAUCUCUUCUCAUCCCUCCAUGGAAACCAGAGGGAGCAUGAUGGCUUUUGAUGAAAAUCAGCACAUUUCUUCAAGACCUGAAAUGCCAGGCAUCCAAGAAAUACCAUCAGCUAUACCUGCUCUCCCGAGACCAGUUCUGGAGCCCACAUCUAUUCCUUUCCUGAAAACCACGAGGACAGUGAUGGCAACCCAGAGACCACACCUGGAAUGGACCUCGUCUGCUCCACGGGAAACCACAAGGAAGGCUGCUCGAAGACCGAGGCCGAAGUCCACCACUCCUUCCUCCCUGGCAACUCAACAAACUGUGAUGGCUUCACUGGAUUCUAAUCAUAUUAGUUUCCUGUCCCAAACUUCUGCAUCUGCAGAAAUAUCAAAAACAGAGACUGUUACAAGUUCAGCUGACCUGGAAAAACCUAUGCCUCCAUUUUCCAGAACACCUCAUGUGCUAACAACAACUGCGGUUUUCAGUGGUAUUCAGCCUGUUCUUUCAAGUCCUGGGGCACCUAGUAAGCCUGAAAUACCAGAUGCUGGACCAGCAGCAACAAGUGAAUUCAUUCUGGAAUCUUUCACACCUAAAACUUCCCAUCCUUUUCAAUGGCCAAGGGUAACAUUAGCUCCAAAAGAAAAACCACUUAUUCCUUCUAAACUGAAACCAUCUGCUAGCCCAGAAGCGCAUCAUGUGAAACCUGCCCCUAAACCACCACUUUUGGAGCCUAAAACUUCUGAGACUGUUGAACAACCAAAAGCAACCCUGGCUCCUAAAGAAGCAAAACUCACUACUUCUGCAUCUAAACCUAGACCAUCUGCCAGACCCCAAAAGCCACGAACUAAACCUGCAACCAUUCCAGUGUCAGUGACUUCUAGGAGUCCCUACACAUAUGAACAUCCAAAGACUGCAGAGGUCUUGGAACCUAUUGCACUUAGAACUGAGCCACCAAGGUCACCCCUAGCUCCAAAGGCGACUCAACGUGUUCCUUCUAAACCUAAAACUUCACCCAAACCUCACGUUCCACAAGCCAAAGAUGUCCUGGAAUCUAUAACACUUAGAACUGAUCAACUAAAACCAACAAUAGUUCCUAGAGGACCACAGUAUGUUCCUUCCAAACCUAGAUCAUCACCAAGCCCAGAGGUGCCACGAACAAGACCUGCUUCUAAAGAUACAUAUCACAGGCCUUCCAAACCUAGAACAUCACCCAGUCCACGUGUUCCUCCAACUAGAGCAAGUCCCAAAGAAAGUCGACGAGUCCCUUCCAAGCCCAGGGCAUCACCAAGUCCAGAUGUACCACACACAAAGCCUGCUCUUAAAGAACCACAACAUAUUCCUUUUAAACCUAGAGCAACUCCCAUCCCGGAUGCUCCAUACAGGAAGCCUGAGAUUCUUCCAACCUUUGAUGAACCAGAUACUACUAUGAUUCCUCAUAUUCCUGAAAGAACAAAGGCAAUAUUUGCUCCAACUGAGAAACAGUUUAUUCAUACCAAACGAAAAACAACUGAAAGACCAAGAGUGCCAUACACCAAACAUGCAAUAUACCCGACCACUCCGCAACCAAUUGUUACAAAAUCUUCUACCACCACUGGUCAUUCAAGGCCAACAAUGGCUCCAAAAGAAACACUGAUCAUUCCUUCCAAAUCCAAAACAUCUGUUGGGCCAGAAGUACCACAAACUAAACCUGCUCCAAGGGCAACACACCUGGGAUCAAUUAACCUUGUAACAGUUCAUGUUGUUGAUGGGUCCAAAAUAACUUUGGUUCCCAGUGAAACAUACCACAUUUCACCCAGGCCCAAAAUUGGUCAAGCAACUGAAAUUCCUUGGUUCAACACAGCACCGCACAAAACUCGUCUCACUUCUGCAAGACCACAGCCUACAGAUAAAUCACAGACCAGACCUGCUUUUAGUAAAACCACACUAGCACCAGUCAGAACAAAAGCACCUGGACUGCCAAAGUGGAUUAUGCCAACAACAGAUGACUUUUAUACACCAGAAGACUUAUAUACUGCCAGACCAAUUGACAUGGAUGUCAAAAGACCUCCAGAAUAUGUUGACACCUGGCAAAAGCCAAUUUCUGUGACUAUACCACCUGGCCCUCAGCACCCUCCUAUACCUCCUGUCAGACCUACACAAAUGAGAAGAAAACCUCUGCCUCCCAACACCGUGACUGGUAAACCGGGGAGUCCAGCUAAGCCUGCUGGACCAACACCACCUGUGAGGACAGGAACAUUAUAUAAGACACCAACAGCUUUUGCAACUCCAGAAUAUUAUGUUGAUGCAACAGUCUUCAGCUCGAGUCCUACAUCAGAAACAGAUUCUUCAGGCAAACCAAGGUACCAAGCCCCCCAUGUCAAGUACAUGAAGAAAGAUGAUGAUGUGCCUUGCUCCAUCACAAGCUCUCUUGAACAUUUUCCCCAAGAAGAAGUUGGCAGCAAGGAAGAGCCCACUCGUCCUCCACAGAAUCCUCCAACCAACCUCACAGUGGUGACUGUGGAGGGCUGUCCAUCCUUUGUCAUAUUGGAUUGGGAAAAACCAGAUAAUGACACUGUUACUGAGUAUGAGGUUGUGUCAACUGAAAAUGGAGGAAGUGACGGUGAAAAGGAGAAAUCAAUUAUCACUACAAAUCAAACUCAUUCUACAGUGGAAAACCUAAAACCUGACACAAGUUAUGAAUUCCAUGUGAAACCUAGGAACCCCCUUGGUGAAGGUCCAAGUAGCAAUGUUGUGGCAUUUAGUACUGAAUCAGCGGACCCAAGAGUGAGUGAGCCAAUUUCAAUGGGGAAAGAUGCAAUCUGGACUGAAAUCCCUUUCAAUUCAGACACAUACUCAGAAUGCAAAGGCAAACAAUAUGUAAAGAGGACUUGGUAUAAGAAGUUUGUAGGUGUGCAGCUGUGCAAUUCUUUGAGAUACAAGAUAUACCUCAGUGAUUCACUUACAGGAAAAUUUUAUAACAUAGGAGACCAGAGGGGCCAUGGAGAAGAUCACUGCCAAUUUGUAGACUCAUUCUUAGAUGGAAGGACAGGACAGCAAGAAGAUCUGCCAGUCAAAGAUGGGUUUUUCAGGGCAGUUCGUCAGGAACCUGUCAAAUUUGGGAAGAUAGGCGGGGAGACCCAGAUUAACUACGUGCGCUGGUACGAGUGUGGCACAUCGAUACCUGGCAAGUGGUAAUGCCACACCAAGAGGGUGCCAAGGCCCAGCUGCCCAGCGCAGGCUGCAGGAAGGCAAUGCUUACGGUGCGCCCGGCACUGCGGUGUCGGCCGACGCGCGAGGCUUGUACCAGUCUAAUGCCAAUGCUGCGUUAUUGUGUAAUAGUGUAGGCUGCUUACUGUAGUUAUCCAGUGUUACAAAUUUGUUUUUAGAAUUUAAAAAAAAACACAGGCUAGGGACAUGUAGGAUAAUGCAUAGGGAAGCUGGCUCCCUAUUCUUGAGGUAUGGUUUAUAUGGUAUUUUAAAAGAUACAGUGUGUAUAUUAUUUAUCAUGAUGUUGUAAUAAAUGUUUAAGGCACAGAUAUGCCAGAGUUGGUCAUGGAAUGCAAUGUGCGUUAGGUUUAAAUAUUCACUGGUCCUGUAAUGCAAGUGCUAUAAGCUACCCAUCCUAAUCCAUCUGUAACAUCUCCCAGUCAUAAAUUAUAGAAAAGAUCCUAUCAUUUUUAAUAUCCUGCAGCCAGUAAACUUGAAGCACUUUCUCCUUACGUACAAACAGUUUAUGCUCCAGCCAAAAUGCCGAGGUAGGUUGCUGUAUGUGCAGCUUUAAAUGAUCAAGUUCAGUUUUCUUCCAUGUUUGUUUUCUUCCAUGUUUGUUCUCAAAUGUUUCAGCCCCAGCCAAAGCCAUGAUCACCCUGUCACUACGGUGACAGAACCUGGCAUGGCUGGCAGGGAGGGCUGGUGUUCUCUAAUUGAAGGGGACAGGUACAUUUGUACAUGGAAUGAAAAAACAAAGCUGGCCUCCACAGCUGGGGUUUUCAGGAAAAUGUAGUUUUCAGAGCCUGACACUUACUGGUUCAGAAGCCAAACGUAUGUACUGUGCAAGGGGACUUGGAAAGACAAAUGAAAGAGGAAAAAGAAUAAACUAAUUAUAACAGCAUGAUCAGGUUUAUUUUAUUUAAAAAGAAAAAUUCUGGUUUAAACCAGUUUUCACUGGGGACAAAGGGGAAAUACUGAUAACUGAACUUUAAAAUUGUUUUAGUUAUUUUGAUUAAAACCUCUCCCAAAGCUAUUUGUUGUACUGCUUGAACAUUUAUGAACUAAAUAAAGAGAUGUAGGUUUUUUUAAAGGUGUUAUUCAUUACCUUACUAAUGUAUUGAAGAAAUAUGAACAGGAAUUACCAGAUCUAUAUAGGAGUCAUUUAUAGAAAAUACCUUAUAAAGUACAUUGCAGGUACACUGUACUCCUAAUAAAAUAUUUUUUAAUCAA